UUUCCUUCAGACAACAAUAAUCGUUCCGAAUAAACGUGCAUUUUGGUAUUUAUAUAACUUAUUCAAGUUUAUUUUAACGAAAAAUAUGUUUGGAAGACAAUUUUUACGGAAAUGCCCCAACAUUUCAAAUCUAAGUUACGUAGCAUCUAGACAAUACAGGAGAAAAUCUGGAAACUUGACUCGUGAAGCUGCAAUGAAACAUUCAAAGACAAAGGCAAAUCAAAUGAGGGGACAUCAUGUGAUAACUAUGGAUAUGAAUUUAAGCUUUUUAAAACAGAUGGAGCGAUUUUCAAUUCUUCGUUGCUCAGCUGUAGGGACAACAAUGGCUAUACGUUCUGUGAUUUGUUUACCACACAAUGAAGGAGUUUUGGAGUUAGCUGAAGAUGAAGAAGAAGCAUGUUCGGUCAAAAGACAGUCUCUUUGUUGAUUAAAAUAUUUAAAAAUGGAGAAGUUUUGGGCAGUGAUACAUACAUUUUAUCUUAUUAAUUAAGAAUAAUGGAUUGGUAUUGAACAAAUAAGGAUAACUAUGGAUUGAUAUGGAUAGAAAGGAUAGAUAAGGACAAAGCUCACUGGUGCUUGCUAUGAUGAUAUGUGAAGUGACAAGAUCUUAACAUUGUAUUUUACAUUUAUAUUCGGGAAUUUUUAUGUUUCAUAAAAACAUAGGAGAAUUAAA